AUGCGACCCAAAAAGAGUAAAAGGCGAGGUAGCAGUGGUGGCAGUCUUGCCAAAUCACCUCCACCGACACCCGUCAAAGGUGUUGGUCGUCGUGGCAGACCUCCUUCUAAAUCACCUACGGCUGCACCUCUUCCCACUCCUUCCCUUCCCUCGCGGGAAAAUCACAACCACUCCCUAUCACCAGAUCACUCUCGAACAUCGAGCAGCGACCAGGACGUAUACCAGGGUCAUCCUACUCCUGCUUUUAUUUCCAAGCCUGUUCAACCCCUUGAUACCGCUGGAGCACCUACUAACUCAACCUCUCACCCUGCUUACAUCUCUCCAAACGAUACCAUUGAUCGACCAAGGAAGCUAGCCAAACGAGAGCGUAAGGCAUUGAUCAAAUCGAGUCGUCGAACUCGCGCUGUUAUUGAUGAAUCCUUUGUCGCGAAUAUGAAUGAACUUUCGGACAUCUUCCAAUCCAAUUGUGGCGUCGGCCCCUGCGAACUCCAUCCCAUUCCCAUGGCAACCGACCCAUCAAAACCCCCACCACUACUGCCAUCUGUGUCACCUCCUCGCGGUGGUAAGGGUCGUGGCGGUGGUCGCCAUGGAAAGCCAUCUUCGUUUUUUUCGGCUCCAAGGCCUGCAGUUGCAUCGCUAACGCCGCUCUGUCUCCCUUUUGGCGGCUUACCCAACCGAUUAAAAUCCCCCACCACGCCAUUAAAACAGCUCACUCCACGAUGUGUCCGGCGUUUUCUCAAAGCUGUGAAUGGCAUCCUGGAGCCGUCAACUACGGUAACAAGACUGUUUCAACCGCUGGAUGUUCCAUCUUCCAUUAUUUUUCCACCUCCUCCCGUUUCUGUUCCUCCUACCAGUGCUCCUAUCCCCAAUGAACCGAACGGCUUCUGUGGUAAUAAUGAGAGUAUCAACAAUCAUGUUGCUAUCUCCUCUCCAUGCAAACGUGGUCGAGGAAGACCACCGAAAUCAUCAAUCCCGGUGGCAGAUCCAACAGUGACAAAAUCCCCGAUUUUGUUGGAUCUUACCACCAACACAACGGAUGUUUUGACCGCGCAACCCGUUGUGCCCGUGAAAACGCCAUUGAAAUCGCGCCGGAAUUUGGCUGGAACGCCGAGAGAGCUAAGGGCCCUUCUCACCUGGGAUACCAUGAUGAAAGCUAGUCAGGAAUCUGGAGGUCCCUCGGGUCCUGGAGGCGAUUUCACAUCAAUGACUUCAUCAGCUGCGGACCCGACUUCCCCAUUGUCGCUCCAAAUUGUCUCUAGUGGAACCGGUGAUGAGACCUCCGACCAAAGAACAACUCGUGGCCGAAGUCGACGCCUCUCCACGGGGCCGGCCAGCUCUGGAUCCUUCACUGAAGCCGAGUCGGUUCACCAUCACCUAUCCCAGCAGAAUUCCGUGGCAAUGGGUUUAGAGGUCUCUGGUGUGGCAUCUUCGACACCAGGAUCAGAGCUAAUUGGAUCUAAUUUCAUUGAAGGUGGAGUAGCAGAGAAGAAUGAGCCUCAUCACCCAUUCAGCCUCUCUCCUAACCGAGGUGUUGGAGGCAAAAGUCGAAGCAGUGGGAAUCGUAAACGUCGAACCACCUCACCAUCACUCCCGCCACCAUUACCUUCAACGCCGCCUUCAGCCACCGACACCGCCGCCCUUGAGCAAGGGGCUUCUCAAGCAUCCCCCACUCUCGCUUCACCCCUUUUACCCCCUCGCAAGCGCUACAAGGUCGUUGGCAGUGGUGGAGAAAGUGGUGAAAUGACAUCUUCCACUGCUACCGCCUCCGCUUCUGCCAGUCACCACCUUCACAAUGACAAUACUGAAGACGAGGACAACGAUUUAGAAUUCGGCAUCCAGUACGUAGAUGAUAGUAAUGCCUCGGAAUCGGUUUCCCCUCACGGCGACCACCAUCAACAGAGAGAUGUGCCAAUCCCCACUAUUGCUGCAGUGACGACGACGGCGGCGGCUGCUGCUGCUUCUACGCCGAAUGGGAAACGAAGACCUAGAGGACGACCGAGUAAAAAGACGUACUCGCCGAAUGGGCGACCAAGACGAGAGGCCGCAGCCAUGGGUUUUGCUAGCAUGGUUGCAUCCUCAAUCAACGCCACGUCAAUGCUUUCAAUGGUUGAAGGGAAUGAAGUUGCCUCCUCCAAUCCAACCACUACCACCGUCACUGCAGAGGCGGCAGAUGUAAAGAAGGAGGAGGUUGCUCCUCCGUCCAAGCGUGGACGAAAACCUAAGAAGGCGGUAGUGCCGUCCUUGACUGGGGCAGCUCCCAAACCCCGUGGACGUCCUCCUAAACAUCCGCGUCCUUCUGUUGAAGAACCAAUUCUCGUGGACCUGGAGGAUAAGAAACCCAUAGCUAUAGCUCCGGACAUCUUUAUUGAACUCAAGCCGCCUUACAUGGUUAGUCCAGAAGCGCAGGAUGAAGUAGAGUGUGUAAAACCCAUGGAACGCCUGGAGGUUUCUAAGCAGCGAGAAUUGAAGAAGUCAAAGCGCGGCAGACGUCCAGCAUCGUCUGCUUCUUCGCCUCCCCCGGCCAAACGCAGGGAGAUGGAAGAGAAUGAGGAAAAUCGUUUGAUCUACGGCAGCCAUCAACUGCGUCUUUUCCUUCUCCGAAAUCAUUAUUCUCGACGGAAAGCGAAAGCCAAUUCUCCGGAAAGCAUCAACUUGGGUUUGACGAAAACUCAACAAUUUUUAGCUGCUGGACAGAUUGCGAAGCUACCGACCAGAACCGGAUUCUUCCCCUUCUCAUCUCUGGCCGACAAAAUUGUGGAAGAUGUGGGAAAUAAGGAAGGUGAAGAACACGAAGAAAAGAUGUGGGUUCAUCAGCUGUACUCGCGUCUGCUGGACACUUCGGAUCUUUGCGAUCCUUCCACGCGACUGACUUCUCCUCUCCUCUCCCUUCCCUGCCCUCUGCGCUGUCCCGAGUUCUAUCGAUUUAUCUGUGGUUCGGGGCUGUUGAACAACUUCGAGAGCGCCUUGGAAUGCGAAAACUCCAUCCAACCACGAAUCCUCGGAACGGUUUCUCCCGAUAUCGUUUCUCAAUCGGAGAUUAAGAUAGCUCCGUUCUACCCCAGUGGGUCGGGGUGGCCACCUUUGUGUCUGCGAGACAUUGUCCCACGUUUGGGCAUCGUAACGGGAGGCUUCCAACAGUUGGAUCUACUCCUUGAAUUUCUCUUCCGAACGUGGGAAGCCUAUGCUGGUAGACGAAGUUGGGUGGGAAAACAGUUGCAGCAGAUUCGAUCGUUGUACAAUCAACUUCGGACGGAGCACGUAGCGAACCAUCCAGAGAAGCAACUUCCUCUCCCCUCCGCUGGUCUAGCUUCCGGUUCUGCGAAGGGCUCGGGUCCAAUCAUAGCUGGCAGUGGGGUCGCCCGCAAGAAAGUCGAUCGACAAACUCUUGAACGCGGUGCCGAGGUGAUUAGCUGUCUCUGUGGUUUCCGUGUGGAGGGAGGACAUGUAAUGGUUCAGUGUAACGCUUGUGUCACUCGCCAACACCUGCCUUGCGUGUGGUGGGCCCUUUGUCUCGACAUGAACCCGCGUUUAGCCGCCCCAGCCACACCUCUGGGUGCCACAUGGCCAUCCACUGCAAGGCCUGCUGCCUCUCCCCUCCGUUUAACUCGUUGUCGAGCUGCUCUGGCUGGAGCUCUAGCCGCUGGAGGCCACAACAUUUCUUGGCUCCUCUCCCUUGCUGAUACGUCACCUGAUUCCUGCCCUGUCUACUACUGUCCAAACUGUCUAGAGCUGGACGGGCUGACGAAGGACUAUCCACGUACCCUAGCAGCUUCACUAGAGGUUCACAAUGUUGCGGCGGUGUUCUCAAAGACGGCAAAACGCCACGAGUACUGGAGCCUUGGAACGGAUGAAGAGCAAUUUCUCACUGAUGAAUUUGCCAUAAUUCAUCGGAGGGAUUACGAGGCUGCCACGACCGCCACGCCAAUGACGAAUUUGCUUGAGGAGUUUUCGUCCAGGCCGCCACUGAUGAAGGCCUCCGACGCAGUGGUUGUGAGGAUCUACCAGCUGUGGAAGGAUGCUAACGGAAGAAGCUGGAUGGAAGGCGGGGCUUUUCUACGACCCUACGAUCUUCCCUCCAGUCUAUCUUCCUCGCUCAACACCUGGCAUCCACGCGAGUUGAUCUACGAUGAGACAAGUCGUCUCGUCCUUCCCCUUUCCACCCUUCGUGGACGUUGCUGUGUCCUCUCCCCCACCACCUAUCGACUCGGCCGACCGGCUGACCUCCCAGCCGUUGUACUUCCACCAGAGGAGAUGGCCACUCCACCCACUGACCAUCAUCCACUCGUCUUCCUCUGUGAGCGUCUUGUCACCAAAAACGAGGAGGGUGAACUGAUUGUCAAAGACAUUGCUCCAGCCUACCUCAAGGUCAUCACUAAGCCUUACUACUUCUUGCGACACUCUGAAACCUCUUCGCUACGGGCCGCAAUUACGAGGACUUUCACAAUCCAGCACCUUCUUCACCUUGAUUCUGCAACCCGUCUCGGGGAGAUUAUUUCCUGCGGUGUUGAAUCUGGGCGACUUUUCGCCGACUCCGUCCAGCGUCGAUGGGUGGACGAGGCGGUUCCCGAGGCCGUUAAACAAGACACUUCUAGCGUCGCCACGCCUCCGCCUCCUCGUCAGUCAUCAACAAUGUCAUCCAAACGUCCUCGUGAAAGAAGUUUAAAUGCAGUCCUUCCUUUGCUAAAAUCACUUUCACCGGCCGGGCUUCCUUCAACAACGGCAGCAGUAACAACCGUCUUUCACCACGGAUCAAGGAAGCCCUCGAUUGUGAGGUCGUCCCUGCCGAGACCACCUACACCGGGGUUGUCAUCGCCCAAGAAACGCGUGCGAUCGACAGGAGCAAUAAUUUCAGCACCAGCGAUCAAGCAUCUGAGUUUUACGGAACUUCAGCAACAAAUUGCUCUUGGAGAUGAAUCUUUGACCAAGGACACUGUUCCUGUGACCCCCAAGAGACGUGGAAGGAAACCCAAGGUCUUGGCGUCGUCACUAACCCAUGCACCGGCCCCAAUUGAACAACUGCGGGUAGAUGUAGAUACGGAAAUUAAGGAAGAGGGGGAGAAGGAGGGCGAAGAGGAGGAUACUAGAGAAGGCUGUUUGUUGGAGCCCUCCAUAUCUCCAAAACUCGCCGAGGUGACAUCAGUGAUGGACUCCUCCUUCUCGUGUGAAUCCAUCACCGUGACGGGUAUGUUGCAACAGAUCGCGCCCGUGGCCUGUGGCGAAGUGAUGCCAGGAGUGGAAGAAGUGGAGGUGGAGCAGUUGCGCGAAUCGGUUUCGCCUCUCCCUCCCGAUACCGCAUUCCCGCCCAAGGGGAUUGGCGCUCUCCUCCGGGAAUGCUGCCUCCAGCAGGAGCCAAUUGUGGAGGCUGUGGCAAAUCUAGUUAUUUCCACACUCGCCUCUUUGUUGUCACAAACUUCGUCCACGUAUUCUUGCUACGAUCAGGUGGCCGUGGGCAGGAAAAUCAAGGAGGAUCUGUGUGUAUACGACAACAUGGCAGUUGUCUUUUUUGGAGGCGAAAGGAGGAGUUGUGAAACAAGCUUGACAGGCUCGUGGAUCAAUUUUUAUGCUCGAGUUGAAUCGUCAACUCGUCGUCUCACCCCCCCCCCCCUCUCCACUUUUCUGUUGGCUGAAGUUCUGAAUUCAAACGGAAAAUGGAGGGACCUGGCUGUUGGCACUCCUACCGGUAGUUACACCUACUCCCUCGUGGUGGCAGCACCCAUGAACUCUCACCUCACCUUGCACUCUCAAAUGGGGCGCUCUAUUGACGAGGAGUGGAAUUCCACCCUCCCUGACGUGACGCCAACAUUCGAUGUAUUGCAGGGCUGCGUGGUUGAAUGCGCCGACCGAGUGGUUCGAAAGUGCCUUGAGGCUGUAAUCGUGGAGGUGACCUGCGGUGCAAAUCGCAGUGAUUUGCUGCGUACCUCACCUCCACCGUGUCUUAUAGCGCCUCCACGCCGUGUUCCACGCGUCCUCUUCGAGGAAUACGAAAGCUGGGAAGAGGGUUCCGUUUUGGACCUGCCAGAUGUUGAAUACCUUAAUUCCACCGGAAUCUUCUCCAUCGUCUCAAAGGGCAAUGAGGAGGAGGAGAAGGAGGCGGCUUCCUCGCUUCUCCGGCUCUCUCCACCCAUUGUUCUGGAGGCCUCAGACCUCACCACUGUUAGACGACCUACAAUCGACCGUGACGACGAGGUCGUGAAUGAGACGGAGGGACAGGAAGUAGAGGAGGAGGAUGAAGAAGAAGAAGAACCCUACCAACCAAUCAGUAGCGCCUCUGAGUCGAAUUCUGACACCUCCAACGACAACCCUGUCGGUUCAACAGCCCCAACUGUGCUGGCGACAGUACCUUCUGUCCCUGUGGUGGUUACGGUGGAGGCGGACGCUACUUCAAGGGAGCGUCAUCAUUCCAACACCUCGACAACUGCUGCUGCUGCUAGUGCUGUUGUUUCCGUUCCCACCAUCACCAGGGCUAUAUCUUCUUCUUCCGGAUCAAGUUCGCGUCGACGAAAAGGUAGCAGCCCGAAAAAACGGGUCUUCGACGAUCCCGAGAGGAUCUUGGAUUUGUCUGCCAAGUCGAGCGCUGUGGAUGAAUGA